AUGGACGACUCAUCUGGGCGCGGGCAUAGGGAGAAGAAGCCCAGUGAAAAAGUCAAAGAGCAGGUGUCUAGCAAGAUCGACAGAGUUGACGACGACGAAAGGGCAAUCGUACUUCCCACCUACAUUGCCCCGAACGACCCAAAGUUCUUUCAAGACCAGAAAGAGGUCCCCAAGAUAUACGACCACACGAAAAGGGGUACCGACGGCGAAAGAAUUGAAUUCUACUCACUAGGCACCCACGUCGAGAGUAAGGAAAAGCGAUUCUAUGUCCGCGCGAAAAGAGACCCAGAUACCUUUUAUUUCCACGCCGAUGAAGCCCCUCCCAGAUAUGCCCGGCUCAGCGACGAGAACCACCCACAGUGCGGUGUCGAAAGCCUCAAGAACGUCUUUACCAAGGAUAUGCUAGGCAAGAGCGGGGAGUUUGGGAGUUACACAACAAGAGCAAACGUGUUUGCAAGAGAAGGAAAGUUCUUCUUCGAAGCAAAGGUCUUAAGUAUUGCUCCUCCAGGCAGGGAGGAACCAGACCGCGCUCUGGCCGACAGUCAGAACUCUGACAGAACAGCGACCAACCGAGGAGGGCUGCGCGUUGGCUUUUGUCGACGAGAACACCACUGGAGCGAGAAUCUCGGUGGCAAUGCGUACAGUUAUGCGGUGGUCCUACGGAGUGGUCGAGCACGAGAGUAUGGCAGCGUUCGGUUCAACACGUUAAUGUACCACAUGCAAGGUGAAGGUGGGAAGGACCCCGAAGACCUGUCUCCCGGCGAUGUAGUUGGUCUUAUGAUCACGUUGCCUUCCCUGGAGGUGCACAAGAAGGUUGUUGAGGGCACAUACAACCCGGCCGAACACCCAGAUCUAAAGUGCGGUCCUGCAAACACCAAGAAGAAGUCAGGUCCAGGCAAGAAAUCUGCUAAGGGCGGGGCGAAGCCCAAAGAUGGUGAAGUUGUGAAGAGCAAAGAUGAAUCGAGCAAGAAAUCCACCUCACGGAGUUCCAUACGGGCUGCUUUACAACCUUUGUACGGACUCACAAUCCCCUCAGAUCACGACAUUAUCCGCGACCGAAAUCCUUUUCUUCACAAAGGCAUGACAUAUUUCGAAUGCCCCGAAUACACACCGAACCAUGAUCUGAGCCGGCCAACGUUGAACUCGAAAAACAAAUCCAUCAACCCCGAGACCGGUAAGAAGUAUGACCUACUCACCGAUCCUCAUCCCAACACCGAGCUCCCGCAUUUACGUACUCUUCCCGGAAGCAAGAUCGAGCUCUGGGUCAAUGGGAAAUACCAUGGGGUGGUGUGGGAGCACCUCUUUGCAUUUCUUCCGCCAGCCUCGUCUAUCGAGAAGGGCAGUCGCGCUGUCACAGGCCAGGGAGAGGUAGAUGAUGGGUUACUGGGCUACUACCCGGCCAUCAGUCACUAUACUGGUGGCGCAAUUGAGUGUAAAUUUGACGGACCGUGGUGGUACGGCUAUGCACAAGACGGACCCCAACAUCCGGAUGCUCGACCUAUCGGCGAACGAUAUCAGGAGCAAAUUGUUGAAGACAUGGUCAACGAUUUGGUGGACGAGGUCUAUCAGGAAAAGUUAUAUCAUGAUGCGGACUGGAUGAAGAAGAAAGUAUUGAAUGCAGCGGCGCUCAAUGUGCCGCAUGCCUAA